UCGAAAUCGGGUCCUUUCGUCUCCACAAUAGUGCGAGCGGAGAAAUGCAAGAGCCCAUCGCCGCCGUACCAAAAAGAGUUGUCCGGCGACGUCGUCGUUCAGUUAUAUAACACGAGUAUGAAGCCGUUUCUACGGGGAAACUAUACGGCGUACAAGUCAGAUCCGGGUCUGAAGCUUUCCCUCCAAGAUUAUUUGCUGGUGAACGGUGAAUGGCAGCAAACCUUCCGUAUCAAUGGCAUGAGCUGCAGAGGCCGUUUCGUGGCGAUGAUGGGGCGGAUAUUCGACAUCAAGUUUGAUAAGAAGACCUGCUCAGUCCCGAAAGGUGUGUACGUUUUCAACAACGUGGACUACGAUUUCGUGGACCACGUGUUCAUGCUGACCAGAGACUACGGCAGGGUGCUGAGGAAAGUGACAGUUUUCAGCAACACAGGAACGUCCGUCUGUCUAGAAUUUGAGGCAGUGGUCACCGCUAAGACUUAGUGCGUUUUCACAUUAUCCGAUCCGAUAUCGGAUGUCGGACCGAUAUCCCACACAUUACAGGCGC